CUCUCUCUGCACGUCCACCCACUGAUGCACAUCUAUACCGCGUAAGGGGCCGUUCACACCGAAUGUGAUUUGUGUCCGUUCCCUCUGUAUUUCGCGCUGUUUUUCUAGUAUCGCUGUUUUGUUUUUUUCAGCGUCUUUCGAACGUACGCCGCGUUUUUUAGACGCCGUGUCAGGUAUAAAAAAGAACGUCAACUUUUAAAAACGCGUACUGUUAAACGUGUUGCGUAGUUAAUUCAAAUGCGAUGAGCUCUUCUGUGAGAACCAGCGGACUGACGCGAGCGCGUUAUUAAUCAAAGGGUUUCAUAAGUGCACGAACUGGACGUUUCGUGUAGGUAGACAGGUGUUUCGGCCACCUUCUCCGGUACCAUGAUGCUCGGGCAGUCACCGCACCUUAUCGGCGGAAUCCUCUGGAUUCAAAACCCCAUGCGAGCUGUCCACUGCAGUCUGACCCAGAAUGGCAUUGACCAUCAGGUGUGUGCGGAGGAUAUGACUUCACACCUGGAGGAAGUGUCUGUUGAUCAUGGACUGGAUGAUGACAGCCCAGGGUUUCAGGACCAGAGUUUGGGUUUCCAUCGACGAUCCCCACCCCAGCGCUCCGUCUCAGAAUCUGAGCUCUCCAGGCCAGGAACUGUGAAGCUUUCCAAACCGGUGGCUCUGUGGACCCAGCAGGAUGUUUGUAAAUGGCUAAAGAAACACUGUCCCAAUCAACACCAAGUCUACAGUGACUCCUUCAAGCAGCAUGACAUUACAGGAAGAGCUCUGAUGAGGCUCACAGACAGGAAGUUGGAGCGGAUGGGCAUCAUGCAGGAGAGUCAGAGACAGUUUAUACUUCAGCAGGUGCUUCAGCUUCGUGUCAGAGAAGAAGUCCGCACCCUGCAGCUUCUUACGCAAGCCUCUCUGGAGAGUUCGCCAUAACCUGAGUAUUCCUGGAAACCCGCCAUUCCUCUGUCAGUCUUCUCCGAUGUUCACAGCACACACCAGACUCUUAGCCCCUGCAGUCUUCCUUCAAGCCACUUCUUUUAAAACUCCAUAACCUUAAGGUCCAGCCCACCCCUGAACAAAAAUAAUCCUAAAAAUGGAUCCAACUUUUCUUUAAUGCUCUUUACAGCAUAUCAACCCUUCAAGAAUUAAAUGGACUACUGAUGUUCUUGAUUGGAUGAUGUGAAAGACUGCUGAAUUAUCUUUGUUGUUGUGCAUAAUAUCCAGAAAUGUCGCACUUUAACCUUUCUUCCUGUCAUCCAUCUAUCUAUCUAUCUAUCUAUCUAUCUGUCUAUCUAUCUCUGUUGUUUGCUCUCCAUCUCUAUUUACACUAAUUGAAGAGCAGCAUAAGGACUCCGCCCUUUGCACGUCUGAAUAUUGCUUGUCUCUUCCUCUCUCUUAGUAUAAUGUAAACCGUCUGGUUGGCUUUCUUUGUGUGUUGUCUUUUUGUCUCUAUAGUAUGUCCCUGAGUUGAAUUCCCUCUUCAUUUGUCAAAAGCAGAACCCAUUAUAAUGUAUCCCUUAACCUGAACUGCACUGUGACUGUGACCAGGUCUCUUCAAAAGACAAGCCCACCCUUACACAGGGAGGUGCGUUCCAUCUCUGAAUCCUUCUUUCAUCGCCGGACCAAACACAUUAUACCCUCAUCUCUUGAUCCGGAGUCAGUCUGGGGGUUCGACUCAUGGUGGAGUUAAAUUAGAAGACCAGAUGAAGCAACUGAGCUUAGAGCCGUGAAACCGCAAAGCAUCAAAAAUGGGAGUGGAAUUUUCAUUUUCAGGAAAGAAAGCAGAAGAAAAAGAACAGAUGAAAUGCUAUGCCGAAGAUCACCCUGUCUCAUUCUGCUGUUGUGAAAAGACAAGGCAAGAAAGGAAAUGAAUAUUUUAGGCAUGAAAUUGCAUUAUUGAAUGUGUAAGAGAUGGAGCAUUAUUUUUGAGGAAAAAAGGAUGCAAGAUGCCGGUCAUGAGCCUUGAACUUUCCAUUCACUGUAUCUUUUAGAUAUCCACACAAAGGCAUCACUGUUAAUAUGCCAUGGCCAUUCACUGUUACCUUUUUAACUCUGAAGCACAUUGAAGUACUAAAUCAAAUGAACUGUGUCUAUGUACCCUUUGAUCAUUGUCACCUUUGUAUAAAACCUCCAUUAGUUACAAGAGCCUCAAGCGUCAACAUGGAGAGUUACCACAAUUGUAGCAUGACAUCGCAAUAUCACACAUCUACCACAAAGGCACCAGCAUACAGUAGUCGCCAACAAAGAUCCAUGACAGUGCAGAUCGGCCAUUGAUUAACUGGGGAAACUCCAUUUGUUUUGAGGGCUACAGUAACAGGUUACAUGCUGCUGUUCAUGGCAUCUGGCCUUGCCGUAUGAUGGAAGGUUUGCCUUACAAGAUGCUUUAGACUGGAAUCAGAUCCGAAAAUUAAGUGGUAUCGAUUAGACCUUGUCGAUUAGAUCUCGUAUUGGCUCUUGUCUGGCACACAGGAUGGAGUCAAUAUGGAGAAUCUGGGGAAAAGCAUGUUCCAAUUAAAAAAAACUAGCUACCAUUUUAUGCCUUUGUGGGGCCUUGGUGGUUUUUUAUCACCUACAGGGCUGAACACCAGUAGCUCUAGAUGACCGAAGGAACUUGUGAAGGGCUGAGAGAGUGAAAAUAGAAAUGGUCAUUGGUUUUAUAGCUGAUAAACUAGUAUAGAUCUCACUGUAUUGGGAAUUCAGGUUUAUUUGUACUUUAGAAAGAGACUUUAAAAGGAAAUCUUAAUCAUGAUUUGGGUUACAAUUUAUUUUAAUGUGUCCUUGUUGCAGUGUAAUUACACAGGUAAUGACUAAUUAUUACUAAUUAACAACAUGUACUUACUAUAGGUUUAGGGUUAGGGUAAGGGUUUGGUUUAGGGUUAGUUGCUUGUAAUUAUGCAUAAUUGACUGUUAUUACUAUAGUAAAUUAAUGUAAUAUGUGUAACAAGGACACAUUAAAAUAAAGUGUUACCAUGAUUUGAUGUUUGCCUAAAAGGGGUUUGUCUUGUAUUGAUAAUUUAGAUGAGCCAUAAUUGGGAGUGAAAUAAAUUAAAUAAGCUACUUUAAAUCUACUCUAAAUGACAUUGAAUAAGAGUUUGUUUUUGUUCUCUUCUUGGAGAUUAGAUUAUUAGGGUUUGAUGCCGAGAUAUUCACCCUAGAGGGGUUUGUUUUUUAUUUGAACUUUAUGAGACCAUUACACAGUACAUUAACUACAGACUUCAAGUCAAUCCGAAUUGCUCAGCAAAAACUGAAUAGCAACACAUUGUCGAUUUAGACUCUUAGUUUGCCUUGGGGCAUUUUUGUUAUUUUCUAAGAAAAGUGCAUAGAUGUUAUGGGAUUAUUUACUUUUUGAAUUAUAACAUUUUAUAGCAUAUACUACAAAAUAGUAGAACUGUGCAAUACACUAAAGCGGUAAAAAAUAAAUAAAAAUUUGAUAAUCACAUAAAAAAGAUGGUAGCAGUUUACAUUAAGGUUCUAUACAUGAACAUUAGUUAAUGCAUUAGGUAUCAUGAACUUACAAAGAAAUUUAUUUUUUCAGCAUUUAUUAAUUUUGGUUAAUGGUAAUUAAUUAAAAUAUGAUUGUUCUUUGUUUAUGUUAGUUCAUAUUGCAUUUACUAAUGUUAGCAAAUACAACUUUUAAUGUGAAAAAUAUAUGUAGAAAUGAACGUUAACCAAGAUUAUUAAAUGUCAUAAAAGUAUUCUUCACUGUUAGUACGUUAACUACUGCAUUAACUAAUGUUAGCAAAUCCAACCUUAUUGUAAAGUGUUACCAAAAAUAUAUACAGUAUAGUUGUUAUAUGUACAGUAUAUAUAUAUAUAACGUUCUUUAAAACAAAGUGUCAAGGUGGGGGAAAAAACAAUGAUUCUCAUGAGUCUGCAGAAUUAGACUUUUUAAAAAAAAAAAAAAAAAAGCAAAAUAUCACCCACAAAAAACAGUAGAAAGAGGCAAACACAAAGAGUUUGGUCCUUCAGAUAUUCUCAAAUGAUAUUAGUCCACAUAAUGUCCACACUGUCACAAAGGAUGUUCUUUGAUCUUGAAGAGGCUUGACCUUGGAAUAUAAACAGGCAAAUAAACAGCAAUUAAUACACAAUUGUACAAAAAUAAUUAAGGACUGGCCAUGAGAGGUACUCUACUGAGGGUUCAUUCCCCUCCCUGUCUGUGAGAUUUGCCUUGAAAUUCAAUUAGGUUCCAAAAUGUAUUUGAGGAGAAUAGGAAUACUGAUCUUAGAUAAGUAUCAGUCUGCCAAUGUAGUUGUCUGCCAAUGUCGAUAUAAUAUAGAAACUUGUGUUAGAUUGGCAUUCUUAUCCUGGAAAGUUGUACAUUUUGACUGUAGAGCUGAGGAACUGAGUUUAGAGAAAUUGAUUAUUUAUGUCUACACCUUUACUGAUGUUCUUCAUGUCAGUUUUAUCUGUAAAAGAACAGAGAAUCUUGGAGCUCUGGACACCACCACUGCACACAAAUCAUGUGAAAGUUUUAGCCUCACUCGAGAGCUGCACAAAGUACUCAUGUCAGAACAUAUAAUGUAUGUACAUUAUUCAUGCACUGAUGCACACAGAAAUACUGAGGAUAUUUAUUUCCCUGUUUACACAUAUGCUGUAUUGGUGCAUUCAUACAAACAUUUAAAUAAAAUGUAUUAAGCUAAAUCUAAACAAUGUCCAUUGAUAUUACUUUACACCCUUACAGCGCAACUGAAAAUGUAUGAUUUUUUGGACAAUGCGGGCAUGUUUUUAUUAUUAUUAUUAUUAUUAUUAUUAUUAUUAUUAAUGUUGACAUUUAUUUUCUGAUGUUUUGCAUUAGGCAGGCAUGCAGACCAA